AGGAUCAUGUUACGCAUUUUCUCCUCCCUUCAAGACCCUCUGGUUGAAUUGAGAAGCUAGCUAGCCUGGGACAACAAUGAUGUCGGAGCAGGAGGCUCUGAAGGGCUCCAGUGCGAGAAACCGUGGAGGAGUACAGAGAGUUGAGGGUAAACUUCGCGCUAGUGUGGAGAGAGGGGAUUACUAUGAAGCCCAUCAAAUGUACCGGACGUUAUUUUUUAGGUAUAUGUCACAGUCCAAGCAUGCCGAAGCCAGAGAGCUUAUGUAUAACGGAGCACUGCUAUUCUUCAGUCAUAAUCAGCAAAACAGCGCCGCAGACCUGUCCAUGCUAGUGCUGGAGUCUCUGGAGAAGGCAGAAGCAGAGGUGGAGGAUGACACCCUAGAACACCUGGUGAAGCUGUUCAGCCUGAUGGAUCCUAAGUCUCCAGAGAGGGUAGCGUUUGUGUCGCGGGCGCUCAAGUGGUCCACGGGGGGUCCAGGGAAGCUGGGUAACCCCAAACUACACCAGCUGCUCGCACUCACACUCUGGAAAGAACAAAACUACAGUGAGUCCCGUUACCACUUCCUGCACUCAUCUGAUGGGGAGGGCUGUGCACUCAUGCUGGUGGAAUACUCCGCAUCCCAGGGGUACCGCAGUGAAGUCGACAUGUUUGUGGCCCAGGCCGUCCUACAGUUCUUGUGCCUGAAGAACAAGAGUAGCGCAUCGGUGGUGUUUAGCACAUACACACAGAAGCACCCGUCCAUCGAGAGCGGACCACCCUUUGUCCAGCCGCUCCUCAACUUCCUCUGGUUCCUACUGCUCGCUGUUGAUGGAGGGAAGCUAACAGUCUUCACAGUAUUGUGUGAGCAGUAUCAGCCGUCUCUGAAGAGGGACCCCAUGUAUAACGAGUACCUGGACAGAAUAGGGCAGCUCUUCUUUGGCGUUCCACCCAAACAGUCCUCAUCAUAUGGGGGGUUGCUAGGUAACCUGCUGAACAGCCUCAUGGGCUCAGGUGAGGAAGAGGAGGGCGAGGAAGCCCAGGAGGACGGCAGCCCCAUCGAGCUGGACUGAGCGUGUGCGGACCAGUGACCAAGCAAGCAGGGGCUCAUGGGUAGGAGCAGAGAGGGGGACACGCCCAGAAACACCAGAGAUAGACUCCGCCCCAUCCAUCCUACGGAAGCCCGGACUGUCCAAAACUGCAAUGUCUUUUUUUUUUUUUUUCUUCUUCUUCUUUUUUUUUUUUUUUCUUUGAGGGUCUUUAAUAUAUAUAUAUUACAUCUAUUUUCGUUGUUUUUCUAGUUCUGGACAUUGCUCUGUUUAGGUGGUUUUAACAAACAAACAACAACAAACAAAAACAAAGAGAAACCGACUCAAGCAGCUGCUGGGAGCUUCCUAGACUUUGACUCCUCCCACCUCAUUCACCCAAUCACGUGUGAGCUUUUUCAGUAACCACACCCACAUCCAUACCUCCCUCCUCAUCCACUGGAGCAGACGGUCCAAUCGGACGCAACUUUGAGUGUCGACACCCACACCUGUGUGCACCUCUGGUCAGUCUAUACGCUCAGGAGGCGAGCAGACUCAUCCCCACCCCGCUCAUAACCACACACACACACACACACACACACACACA